AUGAUUGCAAACAGUACUUCAAUCUGUAGUUUGCUAUUGAAAUUAUUUCGUCUUCAUCGCUACACUUCCGCAAAUUUCUGUUUCAACUUUACGAAUAGUCAGCAGCAACUUAACGAAGCUGCACGUAAAUUUGUAGCUGAUGAAGUGACACCAGUAGCAGCUGAAUACGACAAAAACGGUGAAUUUCCAUGGCAAGUGCUUAAAAGAGCUCAUGCUAAUGGGUUGAUGAACACGACGAUCCCUAGCAAUUACGGUGGCUUGGAACUGGAUAUGGUCACAAAUGCUCUAAUUUACGAAAGAUUCGGAUAUGGCUGCACAGGAAUAAGCACAGCGAUGUUGGUGAAUAUCCUUGCUGAAACACCGCUUAUUUUAGCAGGUAGCAAUGAAAUAAAAAAAAAGUAUCUGGGACGAAUGGUCGAAGAGCCCUUGAUGGCUUCGUUCGCAGUCACAGAGUCAUGCGCCGGUUCAGAUGUUUCGGCUAUACGGACUUCUUGUAAGAAGAAGGGUGAUGAAUAUGUCAUUAACGGGUCCAAGAUGUGGAUUACCAAUGGUGGAGUUGCUAACUGGUUUUUCGUGCUUACACGGAAUGAUAAUGAUCCGAAAACACCUGUUAACAAGGCCUUUACGGCAUUUGUAGUUGAUGCUGAUAAACCGGGCAUCAAUAUUGGAAAGAAAGAAAUAAAUAUGGGGCAGCGUACAUCAGAUACACGUGCAAUAACAUUUGAAGAUGUCCAAGUACCAAAAUCACAUAUGAUUGGUGGUCUCGGCGAGGGUUUUAAGAUUGCUAUGAAGGCUUUUGAUAUUACCAGAUCACUGGUGGCAGCAAUAGCAACUGGAUUAGCAUCUCGUUGUCUAGAUGAGGCCAGCAAGUAUGCAUUAGAGAGAAAAACAUUUGGUACUCAAAUCGCUAACAACCAGGGUAUAUCAUUCAUGCUGGCUGAUAUGGCUAUAAAUUUGGAGCUUUCACGGCUGAUGACUCAUCGAAGUGCAUGGGAAACGGAGCUAGAGCAAAGCUCAGCUGCCUCGUAUUAUUCAUCUAUUGCUAAAUGUUUCGCUGCAGAUACUGCCAAUAUUGCUGCGUCCAACGCUGUUCAGAUUUUUGGCGGCAAGGAACCAUUUCUAAUUCUUAUUUUAAAACUGGAAACGGAUUCAAUACUGAAUAUCCAGUGGAGAAGUUAAUGCGUGAUGCAAAAAUACUGCAAAUUUAUGAAGGCACCAGCCAGAUCC